AUGUCUAUGGACAUGGCCGCAGGUCAAUACCGGCAACAUAUGUCAAGCGCUGCGUAUUCACAACCUGAAAGUCUUCACUACGAACACCAACAUGGCGCAGAUUCUCGGCGUUAUUACACUAAUCAACCUUAUUAUCCCUCGCAAGACGACGAUGGUCUGAACUACACUUCUCAUGAAGAUCACACUCCUAUCACCACUGCCUCCUACGAUAUCCCAGCCACGACGUUUCCUUAUCACAUUCGCAAUCAAUCUACUGCCCAUGAUCAAUAUGACGGCGCGCCAAUUCCUCCUCCUAGGACGUCUUCUCAGCAGCAGGGUUCUCCACGCGCCCCUGUAGCUCCCUCAACUGCCCCAUUGGAAGCAAGAGUAGCUGCAACACGGCAGGUGAGACACAACGCAACAGAUUCGCAGUCUGGUCGGGUUCAGAAUCGGGUCGGAGAUUACAAUGAAGAAACACGAGAUAGGUCACGGGAUGAUACAGCAACGGCCGCUGCGUCUGCUGCACGUAGCCGACGAAAGGGUCCUGCCAGUCCCGACGGCCCACACCGUGCCGCAAGCACACGAGAACGAGGUGCACACAUUGCGCCCACCCAAAGCCGAUCCGAAGCAACCAUGCACCCUAACACCGCCGCUUCGCUGGCACGCGAGUAUAGCGAUGUCAUCAACAGAGUGGUCGUGUCUGAUCCACAGGAAGAUAUCGAAAGAGCACAAGAAAGAGUUGCCGAAGCUCAACCCAUGAAUCCAGAUGCUCGAAACGUCCCUGAACUUGACGAUGAUAUUCUCCCUCCACCAGGACCGGCUCGUCGGCAAGACUACUCCAAGUCAUCUCGCCGCAAGGACGUCCAAUUCGGGGACUACGUACUUGGCCAGACGCUUGGUGAAGGUGAAUUUGGCAAGGUCAAAUUGGGCUGGAAAAAAGACGGUAGCACUCAAGUGGCGAUCAAGCUCAUUAGGAGAGAGACAGUGGCUUCGAACCCGACACGACUUCCCAAAAUCUAUCGCGAAAUUUCCAUCUUGCGGGAUCUGGCGCAUCCCAACAUCGUCCGCCUCCAUGAAAUGGUCGAGACAGAACGACACAUUGGCAUCAUUUUGGAAUAUGCUUCAGGGGGCGAGCUUUUCGACUACAUCUUGAAUAACCGGUAUCUCAAAGAUCCCGCAGCCAGGAGGCUGUUCGCGCAGCUUGUUUCUGGAGUCGGCUACCUUCACAAAAAAGGCAUUGUCCACCGUGACCUGAAGUUGGAAAAUCUCCUUCUUGACCAGAAUCGUAACAUCAUCAUCACCGACUUUGGAUUCGCAAACACCUUCGACCCAAAGGACGAGCUGUCUGACGAGAUUGUGUACAACCUGGGUAACAAGGAGUUUAUCAGGAAGUUCAAACUCGAUCGACUGGACGCCCGCGGAAUGAGAAGAGGCGACUUGAUGCAGACCAGCUGUGGCAGCCCUUGCUAUGCAGCCCCUGAAUUGGUAGUUAGUGACUCCCUCUACACCGGCAGGAAGGUUGAUGUCUGGAGUUGCGGGGUCAUUUUGUACGCUAUGCUGGCUGGGUACUUACCCUUCGACGACGAUCCUGCAAAUCCUGAAGGUGACAACAUCAAUCUCCUCUACAAGUACAUAACCACCACUCCAUUAACGUUCCCGGAAUAUGUCACUCCCCAUGCGCGAGAUCUUCUUCGCCGCAUUCUAGUACCCGAUCCUCGAAAGCGGGCCGACUUAUUCGAGGUCGCCCGACACAGCUGGCUCAGUGAGUACCAACACGUGGUGUCUGAUAUGACUAGCAGCACCACCAAUGUCGCCGAUAUUCCUCACGAUAGUGUCCGAGCUGAAGACGAGGAACGGCCCGCCGUCAACAGAAGCGCGUCGGUACGUGAAGUGCCAGCGAAACAUCCCCGAGCUUCUCCUGGCGCGAUCGCGCGCUCGCCAGAAGGACUAUUGCACGAAGGCGACGAGGACUCCACUGGUUCGCGGCGAACCCGUCAUACCCUGCAGCCGGAAUAUGUCCCUCCUCAGACCCAUACGGUUCGUGGACAAACUGCUGCAGCAACAGGACCAGCAGUCAAUCCCACUCGAGAAGCAACUCAAUUUGUUGCGCCCAUGCAGCCAAUAUCGUUGUCGAAACCGCUACCUCAGGAUCCGCCCACCGAGACUGCUCGAGAAAGAGUGCCAAUCGCUUCGCAACAGAAGAUGCCGCCUCCACGUCCUGUUCGAGAGAUUCCGAGAUCGGUAUCGGACUCAACCAGUGCUUUUGGCACAGCUCCAGUACCGACGAACCAAUACGUGACUAGGCCUAGCACCCAAGGAUCAAUUACGUCCGCAAGUGGGCCAGUUAACACCAGAUCCGACCUUCGUCUUCCCUCGCGGGGAUCUUAUGGUCAGCCGGUGGCUCCGACAGUUGCUGCAACGAACGUCCAGGGUCGUGUGACGCAACCAACCAAGAGCAGUCGAGGCUACAACAUUUCUGGUCCUCUGCCACAGUCUGGUGCCCAGAACUCCAUUGGACAACCGAUGACGACGCCCAUGCCACCGCCUAGCUCGCAACAACCACAAAAAUCCGCCCAUCACCGGCGAUCGAGUACGUUGAGUGGGCUCGGAGAGCGACUCUUUGGCAGAUCGAAUUCAGUAGCGAAAAAGGACGCCGACCGACAAAAGAAUGGACGGAAGUACCCGCCUACCAGCAUGAAAGAGUACUCCUCCGAUGCACAACCUCGCAUGUCUACAGAGUCGAAGCGAUCUUUCUCAUUUGGAUUGGGCAAGAAGAGGAGCACGGACAUGGAGAAUCAGGCGCAAACGGAGAAGCCGGUACGACGUUUUUCACUUAUUCCUAGUUCGAUGUCGUUCAAAGGUCUGAUGGGGGGUGCAAAGGACGAAUAUUCAUCCAAACCGGGCACCCCGCAAACCGAACGGUUUGGUCCACCGGCUUCUGGUCGACCCGCUACCAGCCAGGAACAGAUCAAUCAACAGAUUGCGAACACAGAUGGACAGUAUGACGGGUCCAGGCCGGCCAAGUACAACAACUUCUCACGACCACCGCAAUCCCAAUAUCAGGCACCGCGAGUCGCCCCAACACAGGCCAUGAAUGAUGUCUAUGGCGGAACUGCCGUCUAUGCUCCGCAGGGCCAGAACGUACAUCAACGUCAACAGAGUGAGCCUAUGGCACAAAUGAUGGCAUAUCCCGAAGUUGUGCAACCAAGUGGGCGGCCGUCAAUGCAACAAGGGCGCCAAGGUCGGGGAGUCCUGGUCAAAAACAACCGCAAGUUCACAGAAGCAUACGACCAGGAGCAGGGGCCGACGCAUCAUAGCGGAAGGUCCGGAGCCGUUAAGAAAGUCCAAGAUUUCUUCCGUCGACGUCGAGCUCCGACGGACGGCGACUAUCGAUGA